CUGGCAGUUGUAGCAUUGCUUGGUCUCAGUCGUACGAGGACGCGGGCAGCUGCUGGACUCAUGGCCAGGCUGCUUGCAGUUGUAGCAGAGACGCUCCGAGGAAGAGCAGACCUCAGCGUAGUGGCCAAUGUUGCCACACUUGUAGCAGGCACGACGAGACAACAACAUUUUGUCGGUAAAGAUUGAGCUAGAAAAGAGGAAGUCACUCGGUCAGCGCUUCUGGUCCAUGCUUGUGAAUAUCCGCAGCCGGAACAGCCAUUCGCUUCGGCAUAGCAAGUGGGCGUCAUAGAACACAAUUCGUCGGCGGCGCAACUAGACGGAACUCAUAUAUUCCAUGCACUCAGUCUUCCUAAAACCAACAACAGAUCUUCUAAUCUCCUUGUCAAUAGGACCAGCACUGAACACACUCCAAACUAGACCUCACAGCAACACCAAUCCCUCCGAACCACGAGAGACGAAUAAGCAAAAAAUGAUAGCUCUUGAACAAGAUUUCUCCUGACACACAAAGACGGAUGAGUAGAAAAG